UAGGCAGCUGUUUGGGACACGGUUUGAGUCUGAAGUCAUUUUAAAACGUCACUGUACUUUAAACAACCUGCAAAGGGUUUAAAAGUGCGAUAAAUGAAGCCAAAAUCCUCUUUCAUGGGGUAAAGAACUAUGGCAUGUAAAGUGAGAAAUAUAUCAGUGGCAUUUGAUCCUUUACGAGAAAGCAACACGUUUACUAAUGGAGACUACAUCUCUGGACGAAUAACUUUAGAGGUAGUGAAGGAAAUUCACAUAGAGAGUCUGUUGAUCAAAGCCAAAGGAGAAGCAUCUGUGAUGUGGUCUGAAAAUCAUGGCAGAUACAACGUAGUUGUUUACCAUGAUAAAGUAACAUGCUUUAGGUCAAUUCUUCACUUCAUUCAAGAACAGAAAAAAGGUCAAGACGGAUACUCACUGUUAACAAAUGAGUGUGGGCAGUGCUACCCAAGCAUUGUUGGACCUGGAACCCAUGUUUACCCAUUUACCUUUCAGAUUCCCCAGCAAGACAUGCCUGCAUCCUUCAAAGGCCACCAUGGAAAGGUGGAUUACUUUUUAGAAGCUAAAUUGUGCAGGUCAUUGUCAAUAACAAAAAAAGCAAAAGUACAUUUCAACUAUAUUCCUCGGGGUGAUACAUCUGUACCAGACUUAAUGAUGUCUCAGCAUGGGUCAAAAGAGAAGAAAAUGAAAUUCCUCACAUCCGGGAGUGUGGCCAUGGAUGUUCAUAUAGAGAAGAAGGGUUUCCACUUAGGUGAGCAAAUGACUGUGAAGAUAGAUGUUGUAAACAAUUCCUCUCGUACAGUCAAGCCCAAGUUAAUCUUGUACCAGAAGCAGAGCUUCUUCGCCUCCAAGAAGAGAAGUGUGAAAACAAAAGAGCUCUUGAAAGAAAAAGGCGACCCCGUUGGACCAUCGACCAAGCAGAGUGUGACCAAAGUUUUGAACAUUCCAGCAGAUGCCAGUAUUUCCAUCCUUAACUGCAAGGUUCUCAAAGUGGAGUACAGACUGAAGGUUUUUCUGGAUAUAAAAUUUGCUUAUGAUCCAGAAAUUAAACUGCCUGUCGUGUUUCUUCCUGUCUGUUGGACAAAGGAAGACAAAGAUGUAGUGAAUACAGAUAUGGACAUUGGCUUUGAAUCAUGGACCAGCAAGCUGACUUGAUUAGCUCCUGCUGAGUAACAAAAAAGCACAGUUUAUAAAUACUCACUAUUUAAAUUGCUCUAUGCACAACUCAAAGAGGUGCUUGUUGUCUGGGGUUACAUAAUUUUAACCUUUGCCCAACAGCCAUGGGCCAGUAAGAAGUGAAGUUCCUGAUGUUUUUCUUUUAAUACUUGCUUAUAAUUUAACUGGAUUUGUUUUUGUUAUUUUUAUUUAAAAUCAAUGAGCACUGUCUUAAUGA